UUCUCUUCAACUAACCAACACUCUCCUUCUUAACUGAAAAACUACAACUACAAAAUAGCUUAAACAACCGAAAUUUCGGAGAAGAGAAGAAAACCGAAACAUUCAAAUUACAAGCCGAGCCAAUAUGGUGUGCUUUUGUUUUCUGGUGGAUCAGACACGUAAAGUGCGUAGAAGCAAGCCGGCAGCUGGGAUUUGCUCGAGGUGUGGCGGUGGAGCGAGCGUAGCUGACAUGAAAACAGCCACCAGGUUCUGCCACGUUCCAUUUUAUUGGAAAUCUUGGAGAGCGAUUAUCUGUACUUUCUGCGGCGCCAUUCUUCGAUCUUAUCGAUAGUUUUGGACGGUGCAUAUGUGAGCUUGAAAGACCAGAGAUCAUAUAUGUUGAAGGGCUUCAAAAUUAAAAUCUUAAACCCCCGAGUCGCAGCCGAGACUUUCCAUCUUUACGGGGGUUUCUGAAUCCGGCCGCUAGAGUUAUUAUGACAUAUAAAUGCUGAUUAUAACUCGAAUUUAUUAUGAAAAGUUCGAACUUCUUCUAGUUAUAAUACUAAUUUUCCUCAGAGGAUUAAGAUUUCUUGGUUUUACAUGUAUGUAAAGUUUUGUUUGCAUGUUGCUUCUUGUUUUUGAAAGGUAAAGAUUACAACUAUGAACAUGGAGAAUUGGAAUCCCAUUGUAUUAUUUCUCUCCCUCUCUCUGUUUCUCUUUUAU